AUGGCCAUAUUUGUUAUUUAAAGGAUCAAUAAAUAAUAUCGAUAAUCAUUCUUAUUUAUCAUUUAGGAUUCAUCUAGAGGUAUAAGUUACAUAUCUAUGAUUUUUUGUAGAAAAAUUCAUCCCAGUCUUACUUGAUAACCCAUUCGCCAUCUUCACCUUCGACUAAAAUGCUCUUGCUUUUCAGGUUGUAUAAUCCAAUUUUAAUUUAAUUCCUCAGUUCAAUCCUUUGAACAAUAACCAAAAUAAUUUAAAAGCAUUUCUGCGUUGCUACAAACUCAAUGAUAUGAAAUUUGAGGACUUUUUAUUCAAGAGAACUAAAGAAUAUUCUAUUAAUAACUCUAUGACCAAUUAGGAAUUAGUUUUAAAUCAUCAAAAGUUUGCAAAUCAGAAUGUUAUUGUAAGACUCUCUGAAAUUAAAGUUACUGAAUUGACUUUUGUAAUAAUAAUGGAUUAAAAAUCUAAACUCAUUAAAUCACAAUCAGAAAAAAUUGAGCAGCUAUGUACUUGGAUUUAAAUUUGCUCUAAGAAUUUUUCUAAAUUCUUGAAAUCUUAAAUGGCCUUAACUUACUAGGCCUAGCUUAACUAAAACAAAUAUGGUAGAAUAUAAAUUAAAUACAUUUAAAUGAUUAAUAAACUUUCUCAUUAAACUGAAAACAAACUUUCAUCUUGUUCAAUUUAAAUGAAAAUGAAACAAAUAUUUCAAUUUUAUGAAUCAUCUUAUAAUAUUAAAAUUAAAUGUGAAUAUCAUAUUGAACCUGAUUAUACUAUAAUUACCAAUUAAUAAAUUCUUAAUAAAUUAUUGUUUGGCUUAAUGCAAAUUCUAGUAAAACUGAACUAGAAAUAUGUUGAUUUUAAAUUAUAAGAAUAAUCAGGGUUUUUAGAUAUUUUCAUAUCUUUAAAUUAAUUAACUACAUUUAAUUUAGAGUUAAAGAAAAAUAAUUAAUUUAGAAAAGCGUUAAAAAUACUGGGUCCUUUCGAUUAGGCAAUAUUUAAUUAAGAGAGUAAGAUUAAAUUUAAUCAUAGAUGUUCUUGUACGCAUAUACACAAAUAUGGAGAUCUUAUCUGACUCGUAACCAUUUAACUCUAAAUGA